GACCUUCGAAACCUUCACAAAGAUGUCCGAGAGGUUUUGGAGGUGCACCGAGGUUCCGGGCAAGCCCCGGGCUUUCAGGACCGGAACAAGCCGGAUCAGGAAAUGGCAGAUAUGCACAAAUCCAUCGCUGAAAGCUUGCAAGCCGCGUGUCAGGACAUCAUGCAGAAGCACAUGGAGCAGUACUGCCAACGUGUGCAGAGGCAUUCAUCCCAGAAGGAUCUUGCCUCUCCUUCUCGGCAAGGCAAGGCGACGGACAACGAGAAUACCGAUGACGAGGUCAGUCUGCUUGACUAUUGCAUGAUUGCGGAGACGAUGCAGCCGGCCAGAGUUUCGCGUCCAGGCGGUGAAGGCUUGUCCUGGCCAACCUCUAGCAGCCCGAAACGGGAAGCGCCGUGCCGUACCGUGGAGGAUGCCAGU